GUGCCCAAGGAAUCACAGGAGGGGGCGUUCAAGGCGCUGACAGCAGCGCUGGGCGGCGUGCACCGCCCGCUCGCGCUGCUGCAGCUGGCAUGCGACCUCUGCAACCUCGACGCCUCGCUCGCCAAGUUCCACGCCAAGACGCUGCUGCGGGCGGGCAAGGAGGUGCUGCGGGGGGCGGCGUCCGUGGAGCACCGCCUGUACGCCGUGCGCCUGCUCAAGGACGCCAUGCGCAGCAGCUGCAGCGCAGCAGUGUUUCAGGCGGAGCUGAGGGACGUGGUGGCGCUGCUGCGGGAGGCCGCAAACCACCCCAAGCUCAAGCCCGACGCGCUCGCCGCUGGCAAGGCCAUCCAGGACAAGAAGAAGCACAUCCCCAGGCCAGGCGCCACGUCCUCCGCCACCAAGGCAGCAGCGCGCUGGCGCCCCGACGCUGCCACGCGCACGCCACACGCCCACCCCGCCGACGGGCCUCGCCACGCCACGCCUGGUGCGGGCAGCAGCAGCAGCAGGAGCCCAGCGUGGAUGGGUGGUGAGAGCGACGAGAGCAAGGUGGGUGAGGGGCGACAGCACGGGUGGACGCAGGAGAGGCGGGCAGAGGGCGAGGGCGAGGGAGAGGGCCCCACGUCGCCCACGCACUCAGCUGCAUCCUCCUCCGCUGCCCGCACCGCGCCCCUCGCCCUCGCCCCUGCCGUGCCUGCGCUCGCUGCUGCACGAGCAGCCUCACAGCCAUCGGAGCCUCCUCCACGCGACCCCACGCUCUACUUCACCCCCCUGCCCGCCCUGCCCCACCACGCCUCCUCGCUGCACUCCUCCACACACGCAGCAGCAGCGGCAGCAGAAGCGGAAGCAGGGGGGGCGCAGGGAGCAGCGGCGUCAGAGGGGAGUUGGGCGUUCCAGAGUCCGCCAGGGCAGUUCACAGCCUUCCAGGCGCGGGGCACCGCCACCUUCACCACCACGGCGGUGCACGGCAGCGCCCUCUCCGCCACGCCGCCCCCCUCCGCGCCCUACUCCGCGCGCUCGCCCGCCUCCCUCUCACACCUCGGCCCCUCGCCCUCCCUCUACCUCGGAGCCGGUUCCACCCAAGGCAAAGCGUUUGUGUCCCCAGGCCAUGGUGGGAGUGGUGAGAGUCCAGAGGACAUGCGGUCGGUGCGGCGGCGGGUGUUCCACGACGACGUGGGGCCACGGGAUAUGCCGCACAGCGCCUUCUCGCCUCACUUGCUGCCCUUUCACUCCACUGCCAAGUCGUUUGAGUCGAAUCCGGUGCCGCAUGCGUUGAGUGAGCAGGCAGCAGCAUGGGGGGGCGCAGGGGGGAGAGGAGGCAGGGCGGGUGGGCAUGGAGAGCAGGAGAAUGUUUUUGCUGGGGCCAGCGGGCACAAGGCCAUGGGGCGGGCUGCUGCUGCCAACGGCGCUGGCAACGGUGGUGGCAUUGGUGGGCGGGAGUGGAGCCCCACAAGUGAGAGCAGCAGGGGCAACGCGAGGAGCAGCCUGUCGCCCAGCACGAGUGGCGAGGGGCGUGAGGCGGGGCGAGGAGGCAAGGCCAGGUCGCCGCACAGCCGCGCCAACUCGCCCCUCUACGAGCUCGCUGCUGCCUUCGUGCGCGCCCGCAAGUCGCCGGACCUCUCUGGCAGGCUCGGCACCUUUAGCCUCACCUCCGGCAGCCCGGACCUGCUGGGGGCGUACCGCCUGGGGGGCAGCAGGAUGGCGGGGGGGGCGCUGGGCGGUGGUGCUGGUGAGGGGGGCGGCAGAGGGAGCCCCAUGCGCAUCACUCUCUCAGGUGUGCCCCCAUGCGCAUCACUCUCUCAGGUGUGCCCCAUGCGCAUCACUCUCUCAGGUGUGCCCCCAUGCGCAUCACUCUCUCAGGUGUGCCCCCAUGCGCAUCACUCUCUCAGGUGUGCCCCAUGCGCAUCACUCUCUCAGGUGUGCCCCCAUGCGCAUCACUCUCUCAGGUGUGCCCCCAUGCGCAUCACUCUCUCAGGUGUGCCCCCAUGCGCAUCACUCUCUCAGGUGUGCCCCAUGCGCAUCACUCUCUCAGGUGUGCCCCCAUGCGCAUCACUCUCUCAGGUGUGCCCCAUGCGCAUCACUCUCUCAGGUGUGCCCCCAUGCGCAUCACUCUCUCAGGUGUGCCCCAUGCGCAUCACUCUCUCAGGUGUGCCCCAUGCGCAUCACUCUCUCAGGUGUGCCCCAUGCGCAUCACUCUCUCAGGUGUGCCCCAUGCGCAUCACUCUCUCAGGUGUGCCCCAUGCGCAUCACUCUCUCAGGUGUGCCCCAUACGCAUCACUCUCUCAGGUGUGCCCCAUGCGCAUCACUCUCUCAGGUGUGCCCCCAUGCGCAUCACUCUCUCAGGUGUGCCCCAUGCGCAUCACUCUCUCAGGUGUGCCCCAUGCGCAUCACUCUCUCAGGUGUGCCCAAUGCGCAUCACUCUCUCAGGUGUGCCCCAUGCGCAUCACUCUCUCAGGUGUGCCCCAUGCGCAUCACUCUCUCAGGUGUGCCCCCAUGCGCAUCACUCUCUCAGAUUGUCUCACUCGCCCCUCCAUCCCCUCUCUGCUCCCUCACCCACCUCCAUCCAUGCCCCACCUUGGUCGCCUCUCCCCGCUCCCCGCAUUGCUGCCCUCCUGCCUCCUCACCACAGACUCCGCCAUGGCCCCUCACUCACCCCACGCACGUGACUCCCUGGGCCGCUCGCACCACCUGGCCUCGCCCUUCUCCUCGCCGCUCUUGCACUCGCAGCCAGCAGGCAGCAUGCAGGCGGGCACGGCAGGGGGUGUGGGGGAGGGAUCAGGGCAGGAGGGCUUCCUGUUGCACCUGUCACCCCAUGCAGGCUCGUCCGCCAGUGCACAGGGCGGUAACAGUGGUGGCGGGGGCAGCAGAGCAGGGGCGGGUGGCGGUGUGGGCAUGGGCAGCAGCAGUGGGGUGUUUGUGCGGCUGAGUGGGGACGUGGAGCACGGGGCGGGGGCUGCACAGCCGUCAGCGGACUGCAAGGCGGCCGGGGAGGGGGGAGGUGGAGGGGGCAGUGGAGCGGUGCUGCUAGCACACUUGGCCACGGGGGGAGAGGGGGCGGGGACCCUUGGGAGUGCCGGGGACAAAAGUGAGUCGGCGCAGGCGUCAGCAGCAGCGGGCAGCUCGCCUGGCAGCAGAGGGUCAGGCGGGGGCAGUGGUGAGGGCAGCAGCGAGUGGGAGGGGUCGUCGGGCUUCUGCCGCCUCAUCUCCGACGCUGAAGUCUCCUCGGCUCUCGCCAGCAUGCGUGCCACUCACGCGCUCUCCGCCCUCAGGUGCGCCACCCACGCCCUCUCCGCCCUCAGGUGCGCCACCCACGCCCUCUCCGCCCUCAGGUGCGCCACUCACGCCCUCUCCGCCCUCAUGUGCGCCACCCACGCCCUCUCUGCUGCGCUGAGGCGCACACCUCCCAUGCACUCAUGCCUACCUUCGCUUUCCAAGUCCCCUUUUUCUCCCCGCACGCCCAGCAACCCCACGGGCAGCAGUAAGGACGGCAGCCACAGCAGCAGCGCCAGCAACGCCCACCGCGCCACGCUCCCCAUGGGCUCUGCGCCACCACCACUGCACCGCACGUCUGAGCCGCCCCCGCCCUCCCACGCCCAGCCCUCCACACCCGUACUCUUCGCCCCGCCUCCCUCCCUCCCCGCCAGCAUGCAGCUCGCCCCGCCCUCCCAGCCCAUGGAGCAGCAGUUGCAGGGGCAGCAGGAGAGAGGCGCCGGGCUGGGGCGGGUGCACAGAGGGGAUGAGGGAGAGAGUGAGGACGGGCAGGGGGAGGGGCAAGGAGAGGGGCGGGAGGAGGUGAGUGGGUUUGGCGCGAGCUGCCUGUCCCCGCCGGGCAGCAUUGGCCGCUGGACGCUGCAGGGUAAGCCGCCCCCGCCCAUGGCGCUCUUUACGGACGGGGGGAGUGGUGUGACGUCAGCGCGGGACAGUGUGGCAUCAGGCAGAGGCAGUGCCACGUCAGCGCGGGGCGGAGGGGAGGUGCAGCAUGUGGGUGCGUUGCAGUCGCUGUGUGGCAGUGUGCGGGCGAGCAGGGCAGGGGAGACCACCAGCAAACACCGAUAUGUGAGCACACCGGGUCCCACCUCUCCCUCUCCUCCCACCUCUCCCUCUCCUCCCCACCUCUCCCUCUCCUCCCACCUCUCCCUCUCCUCCCCACCUCUCCCUCUCCUCCCCACCUCUCCCUCUCCUCCCCACCUCUCCCUCUCCUCCCACCUCUCCCUCUCCUCCCCACCUCUCCCUCUCCUCCUCACGUCUCCCUCUCCUCCCCACCUCUCCCUCUCUUCCCACCUCUCCCUCUCCUCCCCACCUCUCCCUCUCCUCCCCACCUCUCCCUCUCCUCCCCACCUCUCCCUCUCCUCCCAAGUGCCCCCCCUUCCCAACUGUCCCCCUCCUCCCAACCUGUCCCUUUCAUUUACACCUAUCCUUCUGCUUCCCAUCGUUCACUCUCCUCCUACACGUAUCGCCAACCUGACUCCUAUCCCCCUCCUUACAGUUAUCGCUCCCUUUCCACAAAGAGCUAUUCUCCCACAUUUCCCUUCCGCGUCCCCCAUCCGACCGGAGGACCUGGAGUGCCCGGUGCCGCUGGCAGCGCUGGCCAGGAGUCUGCAGCACACGCCCGUGAGCGGGGACGAGGUCGACGUGCUCCCCGCGCGCUCGCCCCUCCAUGCCACCCGCACUCCUACCGGCCCCCAGGGCGCCGGUGGCAGCAGCAGCACUGCUCUCACCGCGCCCACAGCAGCCAGCAGCACGAGCGGCAACAGCGGGUCUCCUCCCCCCCACAUGAGCGCCGGCAUGGAGUGUGGGCGGUGGAGCAUGCACCACAACCCAAUGGCUGCGCACAGCCUCACAUGUGAGGCGCCUCCAAGCAGGUUCGGUGUGCCUGGACUUAGUGCGAGUGGGGAACAAGUGGCAGAGAGUGCUGCGAUCAAACCUGCACCUGCCACUGCCACUGCCACUGCCACUACUAAUGCUGAUGAUGCUGUCACUGGUGGUGCAGGCGAGGGCGCGUGGGAGGAGGAGGUGCAGCAGGAGGUGAGGGUGGUGGAGGCGAGUGAGAGGGAGCAGCAGCAGGCCGUGGCAGAGCUAGAGCAGUUCGUGGAGGAGGUGGGGGAGGGGCGGGGCGAGGACAGGGAGGGAGGUGCAUGUGGUGAGGAGGUGGAGGGAGGAGAGGAGUGUGGAGGGAGAGGCAAUGCGCUGGGAGCUGGCACACAGGGGAGGGAGGGCGCAGGGGGGAAGGGAAAGGGCAACGGGGAGGAGUGUGAAUCAGUGAGUGGGGCAGUGGGGCUUGGGGCGACGGUGCGGCAAGGCAGCAGCGAGGCGUGCAGCGGUGGUGAGGCGCGUGCUGUGUGUGCGAGUGUGAGUGGCGGUGGGGGGAGGAUGAGCAGUGCUCACAGCAGACAGGCCGAGCGACAAAUGGGCAAGGGAGAGAGCUGUGAUGGGGGCUUGAGCCGCGAGACCACUGCUGGAGACAGCAACACGGAUGGGGGUGAGGGGGAGGACGCAGAGGAGGGCGGAGGUGAAGUGGUGGGGGAGAGGGGAGUGAGGGCAUGGGUGGUGGCGGCGGUGACAGCAUUGGAGAGGGCAGUGGAGGGGGUGCUGCAGAUGCUGCUGCUGGCUGCCGUGGUGCUACUGCUCGCCGUGCUGGGGGGCAGGCUGGCAGCCGUGGUGCACACUGAGGGUGCUGACGUGGAUGACUUCGUACCCACCUAG